AUGAUCGAUCACGCAUUUAAGCAGGAACUUGCUCGAACUCGUGAAAAUGUCGAUGACUUAUUUUACUACGAUGGCCACAAGGUUGGUCGUGGUACAUACGGUCAUGUGUUCAAAGCACAGCCAAAAGUGCCAUCAGCCAAAUAUCCGGCUAAGGAAUACGCGUUGAAACUAAUCGAAGGUCAAGGAUUCUCAAUGUCCGCCUGCAGAGAGAUCGCCUUACUGAGGGAGUUAAAGCACCCGAACCUCAUCUGUUUGCAACGUGUGUUUCUAACCAAUGAGAAAAAGGUAUGGCUCCUUCUCGAUUAUGCCGAACACGAUUUAUGGCAUAUUAUCAAAUAUCAUCGCGGUGCAAAGGCGAAAAAGAUGCCUGUGAUGGUCCCAAAGGGAAUGGUGAAAAGCAUUUUAUAUCAAAUUCUGGACGGAAUACAUUAUCUGCAUUCCAAUUGGGUACUUCAUCGCGAUCUCAAGCCUGCCAACAUUCUUGUGAUGGGCGACGCUCCAGGAGUUCAUCGUGGCAGAGUGAAGAUUGCCGACAUGGGAUUCGCCCGUAUUUUUUACAAUCCACUGAAACCUCUUGCUGAGUUGGAUCCUGUUGUCGUGACAUUCUGGUACCGAGCACCCGAAUUGCUCUUGGGGGCGAAGCACUACACUAAGGCUAUAGAUGUCUGGGCAAUAGGAUGCAUAUUCGCUGAGCUACUCACAGCUGAACCUGUGUUCUUCUGUAAGGAAGAAGAUAUAAAGGCGCAAAGUCCGAUCUUUACUGUUAUGGGUUAUCCACAAGAAAGUGAAUGGAACGAUUUUAAGAAGAUGCCAGACUAUCACAAGCUUCAAACGGACAUCAAAUCUUCACAGACGGCAUUUCCUAACUGCAGUAUGACACGUUAUAUGGAGAAGCAUAAAAUAGAAUCCGACUCACCGCAGUUUAAGCUGUUAGUGAAGCUCUUGACAAUGGAUCCAAAUAAACGGAUAUCAUGUAAAGAUGCUAUGGAAGAGCCAUACUUCAAGGCAAAUGAUUUUCUUUCUAUUUCCACAUACAUUGUUUUCUAUGCCGAUUAA